CCCCUCAAACCCAAAGUAUGUGGCACAUAACCAAAAGUACUUAACCAAAAAGAAAAAAAGAAAAAACUCCCACAUGAGUCCUUACUAUUUUUUGGUCCCUCUUUUGGUACUCUGCAUUAUUUCAUCAACCACCAAUGGCCUCACUCAACAACAACAAUACUAUGCAAACUAUAUGAAAAAAGCCACUAACAACAACAUUCGACAAUUCUUGGCACCUCAAAAUGCAGCCCGUUCAGCACUUAGGCUAAAACCAUUGGUGUGGGACAAAAAAUUGGAGAAUUAUGCAAAAUGGUAUGCAAAUCAAAGAAGAAAUGAUUGUGAAUUGAGACAUUCAAAUGGACCUUAUGGUGAAAAUAUUUUUUGGGGAAGUGGGAACGGUUGGUCACCCGCCCAGGCUGUAUCAGCCUGGGUGAGCGAACGUCGUUCGUACAACUAUUGGUACAAUAGUUGCAACGGGGCACAAGAAUGUGGACAUUAUACACAAAUUGUGUGGAGAGAAACUAGAAGAAUUGGUUGUGCAAAAGUUCAAUGUUAUAAUGGAUUGGGAGUUUUCAUGACUUGCAACUAUGAUCCUCCUGGUAAUUACAUUGGUGAAAGGCCUUACUAAACCUUUUUUUAAAUUUUUCCAAAUUUUUGUUUUAAACAAAUGCAUUGAAUUGGUUUUUGUACUUCUUUCUUGAAUUUUUUUUCUUUUUGUAUUUUAAAGGCAUAUGUGAGAUUGAGAAAGGAAGUUUCUCACUACUUGUUUAAUUUGUAUCAAUAACAACAAGUGUAAUAUGAAUGAUGUGGAAGUUAACCAUAUAUGGAUUAUGACUUUAUGAGUUA